UGGCCUUCAGUUGUGUUUCCUUUUUUUUUCCCUUUCCAUCCAUGAUCCAAUAAAAAAGAAUCCCGCAGAACUCACAAUUCCCCCGUCUUUCUUCCUCCUCUCGCCCAUAUUCUCCUGCACUGAUUCCUUCCCAAAUCCGUGCCAUCCAAAAUCUCGGUUGCCGCAGGUUGAUUUCCCCUUCGAUUCUCUCGCUCCCGACCGUUUCUCCUCCCAUCGCCCCACGAACGGAUUCCGCCCUUUAGAUCCCCGUUUCAUAAUCUUCCCCAAUUCGUAACUGAGGCAAAAAUCAAGCUAGGGCGGCCGCCCUACCUUGCCCUACUGGGUCCUCUGCCCGUGGUACUAGCAGUUCUUAUGGAUCAGCUUGCUAUGCUUGCGACGGAGUUUGGUGAUUCGUCGGACUUUGAGGUUGAUGGCAUCACUGAGAAUGAUGUCAGCGACGAGGAGAUUGAGCCGGAGGAGCUGGCCCGGCGAAUGUGGAAGGACAGGGUCAGGCUCAGGAGGAUCAAGGAGAGGCAGCAGAAACUAGCUUUGCAGCAGGCUGAAUUGGAGAAGUCGAAGCCGAAGCCAAUAUCUGACCAGGCCAUGCGAAAGAAGAUGGCGAGGGCGCAUGAUGGGAUUCUCAAAUACAUGCUCAAGUUGAUGGAGGUGUGCAAUGCCCGUGGGUUUGUAUAUGGAAUCAUCCCUGACAAAGGGAAGCCUGUAAGUGGUGCUUCGGAUAAUAUUAGAGCUUGGUGGAAGGAGAAGGUGAAGUUUGAUAAGAAUGGCCCUGCAGCAAUUGCGAAAUAUGAUGCUGAGAACUUGGUGGCUGCUGAUGCUCAGAGCACUGCGGUCAAGAAUGACCACAGCUUGAUGGAUCUUCAAGAUGCUACUCUGGGUUCACUUCUUUCAUCAUUGAUGCAGCACUGUAGUCCUCCCCAGCGCAAAUACCCAUUGGAGAAAGGCACUCCACCCCCAUGGUGGCCUUCAGGGGAUGAAGAAUGGUGGAUUGCCUUGGGACUUCCAAGCGGACAAAUUGCUCCUUACAAAAAACCGCAUGAUCUUAAGAAGGUUUGGAAGGUCGGUGUGCUGACAUGUGUGAUCAAGCACAUGUCCCCCAACUUCGAUAAGAUCAGAAACCAUGUACGCAAAUCCAAAUGCUUGCAGGAUAAAAUGACUGCGAAGGAGAGCUUGAUUUGGUUGGGAGUCCUACAGAGAGAGGAAAGGCUUGUUCACAGCAUUGGCAAUAGUGUCUUAGCGAUUACUUACAGCAGUGCUCCAGAGUACAGAAAUGUUAAUGGGAACACAAACAGCAGCAGUAAUGAGUAUGAUGUUGAUGGUUUUGAGGAGGCUCCUCUUUCUGCAUCAUCUAAAGAUGACGAGCAGGAUCUUCCUCCGGCUGCACAGUCCAGUGAGGAGCAUGUCUCAUUGAGAGGCAGAGAAAGGGCCAACACCAAACAUCCUAACCAGGCUGUUCUGAAGGCAGGAGCAAAAGAACAACCAAACAUAAAAAGAGCACGCCACAGUUCCACUGCUAUUGAGCACGGGGUACAAAGAACUGAUGAUGCACCAGAAAAUUCAAGAAAUUUGAUUCCUGAUAUGAACAGACUAGAUCAUGUAGAAAUUCCUGGCAUGUCUAACCAGAUAAUCAGUUUCACUCAGGUGGGUGUAACAAGUGAAUCUUUACAACACAGAGGAGAUCAAGGACAUGUUUAUCUUCCUGGUGGUGGGGCUAAUAGCUUUGAUAAUGCCGAAGCUGCGAAUGCUACUCCUGUAAGCAUAUACAUGGGAGGCCAACCUGUACCAUAUGAAAGUAGUGAUAAUGCCAGGUCAAAGUCUGGAAAUCCCUUUCCACUGGCUGAUGAUUCUGGUUUUAAUAAUUUGCCCAGUAGUUAUAAGACACCUCUGAAACAAUCACUACCAUUAUCUAGGAUGGAUCAUCAUGUCGUUCCCGCGGGUAUCAGGGCACCUGCUGUCAACAGUCCUUAUGGUGAUCAUGUAAUUGAUGGUGGAAACUCAACUUCCGUCCCUGGAGAUAUGCAGCACCUCAUAGAUUUUCCUUUCUACCCUGAGCAAGAUAAGUUUGUUGGCAGUUCCUUUGAGGGGUUACCUUUGGACUAUAUCAGUAUCAGCAGUCCGAUCCCAGAUAUUGAUGAUUUUCUGCUGCAUGAUGAUGAUUUAAUGGAAUACCUGGGAACAUAACAUAGGUUAGGAAGGCCUCUUAUGCCUUUUUUGGGUCAUCCAUUCUAUCUCACCAGGAUUACCAGCUUGACUUGAGUAUGGAAGGCUAAACUUCUGAUUCGUCUGCCGUGCUUCUUAUUUGAGACCACCUGUAGCAUGCUCAAUGAUACCUGACUUACAUUCUUUUGAAAUAAUAAUAUCAAAUGAUGACCGUAUCGUAAACUGAAAAUGAUGACUGGAUCGUAAUUGAAAAGGUGUACGUGGUAUAAGUUUGAAAUAGUAAAUAUUCCUGGGGGAAAUCUGUAGUGACGAAGAGAAAAUUCUUUGUAAUUUUGGAAUCUGUGAGAUAUUAAUGCCAUGCUCUCCUUUAUUCUCUCAUUCUCUCUCAUUUUGCCUUCUACAGAAAUGUUGAGGAUUCAACAUUAUAUUUGCAAUCAUGGAAUGGAAAAAAUACAAGUUGAAGAGAUCCCUCUGUUUCUUAUAUUUUCAUGUAGCACAAUUAAUUUAACUGCUGUCAUUCAUUUAUGGUAGUUACAGCGUCAAACCUUUAUUAUAUGGUGAUACAAAUUUUAACUAGCGUUGCAGAUAAACUUUCGGAGAUACCCUAAUAUACCACCACUCGAAAUCUAGCACCAACACUGUAAAAAAUAAUAAUUCAAGCACCAACACUCGAAAUCUAGUGUCCUGUUAGUUUGGCAUCUCCUUAUAUGGAUAUGGCUGAGGUAACCUUAUUAGUAUGUACUCUAGGUUGGUUGUUGACCUUCCAGUAUGACUAAAGGUGCCUGGUGUUUGCUAAAAUCAGUCACACCGAUCUUCUGAGUAGUACUCCCUCUGAUCCUAAAUUCUUGACUCAAAUUUGCCCAAAUAUGGAUGCAUCUAUUCUUAAAAAGCGUCUACAUACAUGUAAUAUUUCGACAACAAUUUAGGAUCGGAGGGAGUAUUAUUUAUAGAGGCGUGAUUUCAGCACAGAUUUCUAACCUAAGGCUAAUUUGUGCUAUUUAUGUAGGCAUGGUGUUGUAUCCAGUGCUAAACAACACAUUAUGCUUGCAGACUGUCUCACACUCUAAAUACAAAGAUACCUUUAUACUCAUAUUGGUUAAUUUUUUACCCUGGCAAUAGUUUCACCUUUCUUAUGCUUGCAUACUGUGGGUGCGGUUCACCAAAACAGAAAAAACAAUCAAUACAAAACACUUCCACAUGCUUUCUUCUAUUCCACUGCUCAUUAUUUUAGCUAGGCACUGUUAUGCUUACCUGAGUUAGACCAAGGUACUCUCAAGUGAUGGCUAACAGUGUCCUGAACCGAUGCACUUUUACUGAAGUGCAAUUAUUUCGAGUUUUGACUUCAUUGACGUUGACAAUCUCAGUAUAUUUCUUUAGUACAUGCUGCUGAAAUUUUCAUUUAGUAUGCUUGCACUGAUGAACCUGUUCUGUGAAGUCCCAAUGUGCAAUUACAGCUUCUUGCGAUGUUGGUUAUUUCAGUGUCAUCAUGCUAGCUAAUUUUUUUUAGCUGCUCACUCCUGACCCAUCUGGAUUUGUUGAUUGAUCCUGAAUGAAUUGAAGAUAUAAGCUUCAACGCGUUCCUCGUUUGACGAACGAUCGAACCAUGCAUCUUGCUCUGCCAUCCUUCCAUUUUCCCAUCUCCUGUCGGCGAGACCUUGGUCAUCAGGCAAUGACGGUGCUGCUGCUUCCAGACGUUCCCAAGAGAGGUGCAGUGGUGGCACAUGAGUUGAGGAUAAGCUGCGAUAGAUGGGAUGGCCACCAUAGGAAGCCUUUCGUGGUGUGGCUGGAGCAUGAGGGCAUGGAGGCAGAGGUGCAGCGGUGGCACAUGAGUUGAGGAUAAGCUGCAAUGAGCGCUUGCUGAAUUUUCUCAAGGAGAGGCUUUGCUCAUUGAUUAUUCCCUCCUGCUUAUUGCUAAAAAAAAGUUGACCUAAUGUUUGUGAGGUGCUUUUAGUUCCACUUCCUUCAGUUUUUUCUGGCUCAUUUGUCGGCAACACUGAGUACAGCGGACCCACCGAUGUCCAUCCUGCCUCCUCCUGUCCGGCCACCGACCUUUUCUUGGACGGCUCCGCUACCACGAUCGGCGCCAACGUGCUGGGCUUCUUGGGGAUUGGCAACAGCGUGGUGUGGUGUGGCUUCUUAGAUCACAGCACUGGCCGGCUUGCUGACGCCGUCCAGGUGCACUGGGGGCCCUGGAGGUGCACGUGCAGGGGUAGGAGCAGAUCUGCAGCGCCGGCGCCUGAGGAAACGGAUGUGCCAUGACAGGGUGCUGGAUGCGCUGCCGCUGUAGUACAGUUUACGAGCCAUCAAGGAAGGUCAGCAGAUCAUUGUGUUGAGGAACGAGCAAUUUGAGAAGCCUCUGUUCACCAACAGUGAGGUGAGGCCUUUGUCUACUGAUCUUGGUUGGGUUUGUGAAAACAUGGCUAUGCCAGAACUGGUGAAUCUAGCAAUGAAUUCUUACCUCCGAGGCUAUUCUCCUUUUCUCGUCAUGGUCUGAAAAAUGCUAGAUUUCCAUUUUAUCUUUAGUUACCCUUCCUAUUUGUAUGCUUGAAAGGAAGCAACAAUAGAACAACCUGUGGAGAAAGCUGGUACCAGAUGAUUCUGGAUUCAGGUCAGCAGAUCAUUGUGUUGAUGUUAGUUUUCUCUGAUUACUUCAUGCACGUUCCUCCAUGCUCUCGGAUACGAUCAAUGCAUGGAUGAUUUGAUAGUUUCAGGUCAAUAUAUAUAAACGGUUUGUUAGUUAUGUUUCGAAGGAAGCAUGGUUUGAUAGUUUGUUUAGUUUUCUCUAAUUCACCUGCGUAUAAAAUAUUUAGUUGGCAUUGGUAACUAUCUGUAUAUCUAUCACUGAGCAUAUACUAUUCCACUGCAACAAAUAUCACACUCCUGUAAACUUAAAUGGCCAUAAACCCAUAAUAUGCUGCUACUUCGCCAUUUUCAAGGCAGAUUAGUAAAUGUAAAGGGUGUGUUUAGAUGCUAACCAAAACACACCUUGCCAAUUUUUUGGCCAUGACCAAAAUUUUGGCUUUUGUUUGAAUUGUAGCCAAUAAUUUGGCAAGCGAAUGACUUCUUGCCAACUCUAGUUCAUUUUUGUUGCCAAUUUUGACCAACUCAUGGGCCACCAAAACCUUCACCAAUUUUUUGGCUAGCCAAAUGUUGGCAAGAAUUGGCAGGGCAAAAGUUGGCAUAAACCAAACACACCCAAAGUUAGUUGUAAUGACAUACUAUCAAAUUUUCCAGGGUAUGGCAUUCCAAAAUGUUGGAGAAUAUGCAUUUACACAAAGGAGAUAAAUCACACUCUGUUCAUGUAUCCUCACUCAAUGACCUUCAAGUCAUGGAGAUGGCUGAUGAGUAAAGCAUCAAUAAUGAUACCAUUACGCAUUAUCAUGCGCUUCAUGAUGCCUAAUGUGUGCAAUAUUUUUCUGUGGUCUCACUUUUUUUUUUAAGUUUUGGACGCAGUUAAUUAGCAUGCUAACUCUAAUGUGGACAUUUCCCAAAGUUUUUCUCUCUGUGAAUCUGUUGCUUUCCGUGUUGUUACCAUUUGUGCCAUGUCGUUUCUUCUUGCAGCUAUGGAUAAAUCUUGAUAUAGUUUGUGGUGGUCCUAUCAAAUUGGCAUUGAACUAAACAAACCCAAUAGAUAACCAACUUAACUGUAGUAGGUUCUUUUAUUUAAGCAAUAGUACAAUUAUCUGAAUCUUUCUGUAUUUGUCUUCAUUGAGAUACAACUUAAGUUAUGGGUUCAAAAGUAUUUAUUUUGUGUGUCAGGAGUCAGGACAUCAGAUCAAUCUGAUGUUUCAUCAUUUAUUUCAGAACAAUUGACAUUUGAGUGGGUGUAGCCCAGAGUGAACUGACAUGUCUAACAUAUCAGAUGUACAAGUAAGAUCUGAUGUCCAUCCUCUGUUCUAGAACAAUUGGCACUUGAGUGGGUAUAGUCCAGAGUCAACUGACAUAGCGAACAUAUCAGAUGUCCAAGUAAAAUGUAUGAGCAUGUAUUGGAGGGAUGAACAGGCCUCCUGCACAGUGCCUAAAUGGGCAAAAAAACAACCUGGAUCUCAAGAAGGUGUGCAAGGUGUGACCUCAGCUUCUAGUUAGAUUCAUAUGCAGCAGAUUUGAGCUUUUCAAACGUUUCUUCUCUUUCCAUCCACCAUUAUAUUUUACAAUGUAUUACUCAGUUAACUCAUGAUGUUCUCCUUUUGUUAAAACUUCAAUUUGAAACUGAGCAUUUGAAGUUGUCUGGAUACAUUGCUUCAAUAUGCUCUUAUCAAAGACCCUUUGUGUGUAUCGAUACACCUAAUCCAAUAAUAACCCUCUGACUUGGACCAGAUCUGCAUUUCUUAUUUCAAAGCUUAGAAAACUUAGUAACUUUGAUUGUGACAUGGACUAAAAUAAGGGCAUUUAAAUUUGGAGUAGGUAUUUGAAGUCGGUAAGUAUGGAGUAGGUGUUUGAAGUUGAAACGACGUCGAUAAACAUUUUGCAAAUAAAUGUUUGGAUAUGUAGUAGCAGCCUGCAACUCUCUCACUUGGUAUGUUAUAUUGUUAUAAGUAAAAUAAAGAAACAUGUUGCUCUCUUGACUACUGAAGUUCUUUACUCAGUGUAACAUUUGAUGUAAACUGUUAGUAGCCUUUUCUUCGAAGAUAAUGCCAUGCUGACUGUCAGAAUAGUUUAUUUCCCUCCUUAACUGAGUUAAUGGGUUCAAUAAUAAAGGUUAGAGAUGAAGCCUGACAAUGAUGGGUCUGAUUGUUACUCUCUUUACAAUUCAAACUGAUGAAGUACAUUAAGACUGACAUAUAUUAGACACUUUUUGCUAGUUGUGCUGUUUGUAUAGACAUCAACAACACUUACUAGCAAAAUUUGUGAUCUGCCUGUUAAAUUUAUCAGAUCUGUUUAUAACACAUGUAUCUCACUAGCUAGGAGCAUGUUUAUUCUUGCAUAUAUUCUACUGCUGUUAUUUUAUUGCAAUCUUCAAUCAUCAGCUCGGUUUGGUUGUUUCCUUUCGUGUUAAAAGAUUCAAGAUUCAUAUCUCUUGGUAUGAGAGUUGUUGGAACGAGCUUCUUGCGCACAAAGUGUCAGGAGCCAACACUCUUGGGGGGUCCUCUAGAAUCCUAAUCCCUUUGCAGCAGCUGCAGCCUGAAGCUCUAUCACAUGGCAGACCUACUACAUGCUGUAGCGUUCAGUUGUCAGAGCCCAGAGCAUCAAGAUGAAAAGCUGUGUUCAGUAGUAUAUCAAGUUGUGAAACGGAUGUCAGAUUACUGUUUGACCUUUACCGGAGAAUACUUUUCAGCUGCAGAUGCAUACACCUCUCUCUUCUUUUCUGCCAUUUCUUUUGGAAAACAGGUUGACCCAAGGAUGUGGUACAGACUCCAGACCAGAGGCAACAGUACAACACAAUAAGUAUGGGAGAAGCUAGUGUCAAAUCCUUCCAUGCAGAGCCUAUUCACCUCCAAUGAUAUACUCUGCUCAUAUCGAGGCCAAGGCUUUCGACGCUUCUUUACAUCUUGCCCUUCAGCUUCAGGAACCGGCCUGGCCUGUAGAUACGCGUGUAGCCGCGGCCACAGACCGAAGUCUCCGGCUGACAUGAGCGGCGACGAUUCAAAGUCUGCGAGGGCCAUCUCUCCUGCGUUGCAUCAGAGAGGGAGAAUCGUUAUAAAAUACUCCACCAAGGCUAGCAUCUCGAGAUCGCCAGUGCCAAGAUGUCAUACGCACAGCACAAACUAAAUUCCUGAGAAUUCAUUCGGUCCCGAGUUUUCUGAUCGCACCGUUCCAAGCACUCAUAAUUAGGCGCAGGUC